AUGGAUAUCACCAUUCACAACCCCCUCAUCCGCAGACCCUUCCUGUCUUGGUUGGCACCGAGUCGCAUCUUUGACCAGAUUUUUGGAGAGCAUCUGCAAGAGUCAGAGCUGCUCCCUGCUUCCCCCAGCCUCAGCCCCUUCCUGAUGAGAUCCCCCAUCCUUCGGAUGCCCAGCUGGCUAGAGACAGGACUCUCUGAGAUGCGGCUGGAGAAGGACAAAUUUUCUGUGAAUCUCGAUGUGAAGCAUUUCUCCCCUGAGGAGCUCAAAGUGAAGGUGCUUGGGGACAUGAUAGAAAUCCAUGGGAAACACGAGGAGCGCCAGGAUGAGCACGGCUUUAUUGCCAGGGAGUUCAACAGGAAAUACAGGAUCCCAGAUGACGUGGACCCUCUGACCAUAACCUCAUCGCUCUCCCUGGAUGGUGUCCUGACUGUGAGUGCCCCAAGGAAACAAAGCGACCUCCCGGAGCGCACCAUCCCCAUCACCCGCGAGGAGAAGCCUGCCAUCGCCGGAGCCCAAAGGAAGUAGCUGCUACUUAAAGUCACCCUGAGGGGAGGGAGCCAUUCCAGGGCACUUUUCGUCAGA